GAUCUUUGAAGCAGUAUGUGAUGUUUCUUCAUGGCGGCUGAUCUGGGCUCAAAUUCCCGAGAAGGCUCAGAGUUCCCAAUUCUUAGACUGCUCCAGAGAAGAUGAAGCUCUUGAGGGCGCUUUCGUUGUUCCUUUCUCUGGCAGCGGUUCAUGGUCAAGAGGACGAUGCAGGUGAGACGCCAGACUUUGAUGAGCUCAUGACUGAGAUGGACACCAACAAGGAUGGUAAGAUCUCCUGGGAAGAAAUGUUUGGAGGUGAAGAGGGGGGUGAAGAUGACUGGCCUGAAGACAUCAAGCAGAGUUACAAGGCAACCUACAAGGAGUGCGAUGUGGACGGAGACGGAUUGAUCAACAGACAGGAGCUGCCAACUCUGUUUGAGAAGUUCUCUGCCUUGGAGGAUGCUGAAGAUGAAAAGGAAGAGAGCGACGAGAUCUGACGGAGAAAGCUCCGACAGCUCCUACAGCUCCGAGAGCUUCACAGAACAAUGGAACUGUGAGAACCGUCCGACAAGUGCCGGAUGUUUAUGUAGUUCUCUUGCGUAGCCGGCGUAGCCCUGCAAGUUAGAUGGUCAG